AUGCUUGUGGCAGUCGAGUGGAAUUCACAGUAGGACCUAAACAUUGACAGAUGGCGUGCUAGCAACGUUCGUAGAAAUGGAGAAAUUAGAUUAAAUAAUGUUUAAUUUCUCGCCCAUUUUUAAAUCUCUCUGGCCUACUAUCUCACACUUAUAAACCAAACAAGUCAGUCAUUUAAAAUCUACAAUGGACAACCUGCAGAGAAGAACGAUUCAGGAAGACGUGGUUCAGUACAAACUCUUCUGGAUCCAGACAGACAGUUCAACUUCACAGCAGACUGAGGAACACCUCACACAUCUGGUAGAGGAGGUUUUGGCAAAGGUUGCCUCACUUCUGAUACAAUACAUCUGGCAGCAUCAGUCAUUCAACCUCAAGUAUCAUCCUGAGAAAGCUGGUGUACCUGCUCAUAUUGGAGGGAGCACUCAGUUUGGGGACAAUGUGGAGGACGAGUGGUUUGUUGUUUAUCUUUUGCAGCAAAUCACAGAAGGCUUCCCAGAGCUCAUAGCCAAGGUUGAGGACAACGAUGGAGAGUUUCUUCUCAUUGAAGCAGCCGAUUAUCUUCCCAAGUGGCUGAGUCCAGACACCAGUGAAAACAGGGUCUUUCUCUACAGGGGGGAAUUGCAUAUAUUGCCAUGUCCCUCAAAAUCCAGUCCAGUGGGAGUCUCAAAAGAUGUUGUACCAUGUGUGGAACAAGCUACAUCAAUGCUCUCCACCCAUUCAGGGGCCUGUCUGGCAAGCCACAAGAUACGUUCAGCCCUGAAGAAGCGGUUAGAGGGGUACCCAGAGAAGAUAAAAGUUGACCUGCAUCGUGCCCACUGCUUCAUACCUUCAACUAUCGCCAUGGUGCUGUCACAACGGCCAGACCUGGUCGCCCCGGCAGUGUCGGCGUUCUACCUGCGGGAUCCAGUAGAUCUACAGGCGUGUCGAAGUUUCAAGACCUUCCCACCUGACACAAGAGUCCUCACCUCGGUGACAUUCACCCGAUGCCUGUACGCCCAGCUGCAGCAGCAGCAGUUCACUCCAGACAGGAGGAGCGGCUUCACGCUGCCUCCUCACACUCAUCCCCAGUACAAAUCCCAUGAGCUCGGCAUGAAACUGGCCCAUGGCUUUGAGAUCCUCUGCUGUAAGUGUAGACUUCCAUCAUCAGAGCCCGAUGCCCCCGUCAGUUGUAACCCUCAGUGGAAAGGCUUCGUGGACAGUCUGAAAGCUAACGGCUACUUCAGGGAAGAACUUGAAGGUUCGGCUCAUUACAGAGAAUUGGCAAGAUCUGCGGAAAAUUUCUUCAAACAGUCUGUUGCCUCAAAAUCAAGUGCUUUGUCCCCGGGGGAGGAGGUCCUCCAGCUGCUGCACAGCUGCGGUCCGAUCAACUUGGAGGAGCUGAAGAAACAAGAAGCACAGCUCCCCCAAGAGGACAGUGACAGCUGGCUGGAUAUCACAACUCAGGAUCUGGAGCGCAUGUUGCAGGAGAGGAGUGUGGGCAGAGCUGAUGUUGGCAGCCAACACUCCAGUUCUACCAAACGGGGGACACAGAAUGUCGGGGGUGCAGAGGAGGGGAGAAAGGAGGCGGAGGAUGACAAGAAGGAAGAGGAGGCCAGCUACAGCCUGGUAGCAGUCAGUCAAGGGAUGAAGAACUUCCUAAACGCCAUGUCGUCACAUGAGGGUGCUGAACUUCCCUGGAGCAGUUCUACUCAGCCUUUUAGCUUAGAGCCUGACUCCAUGGCCAAAGCACUGGACAGACUACUCGGAAGCAAUGAAGAAGAGCUAGAUUCAGAUGAUCUAGACGACGACGACGACGAUGAAGAUGAAGAUGAGGAGAAAGAGCUAGAAGGUCAUGCAGAUAUGAAUGGGACCGAAACUUUGGACGGUCUCAGAAAAUACAUGGAUGAGAUGGAUCAGGAGCUGAUGAGCACUAAUAUAGGACAAAGCUUUAAUCUGACGAAGUACAACAAGGUGGACUUGGACAAUGGCUCCCCUCAUUCCUCUGCUUCUGGAGGGGAGAGGGGCGAGACAAAGGAGGAGGAGGAGGAGGAGGAGGAAGAGAUCCAGCCACUGGACGUCGACCUGAAUCUGGUCACAAACCUGCUGGAGUCCCUCAGCUGCCAGUCGGGCCUGGCCGGACCAGCCUCCAACCUGCUGCAGAGUCUUGGUAUUCACCUUCCACCCAACUCGGACCCCUCGUAGAGACAGGAAGCCGAAUACGCAGCGAGGAUCAGCCCUCUGCAGCUAAUGAGGCUCACGUUACAGUUGUGAGCUAAAUGCCUUCCUUAACAUUUGGAAUACUGUAAAUCCGCAGUCUUUAGUAAUGAAAAAGUAGUAGGGUGCUUUUCUGACAUAAAACAACUAUAGCAAUGUUCUUUUUGAAUGUGUGUAAACCUGCAGUGUUUGUAGUUUACAGUUAGUUAACAUUUUUAGACUGCAUCACUUAUGUAUGAUUGUUCAUGGCAGCGUCCAAAUAAAUGUUUUCAUCCAAGGGUCGAAUCCCCACCAAAUAAUUUAAAGAAAUGAAAUCAGUAAUCAUUGGAAGAAAGCCCAAUUGAGAUUGAAUGUGCCACAGCAGGAUGAAGCAGAACACCACCUUCAGAAAAAGUGAUUAUAGUUCUUAAGUUUCAAUUUAAUCCUGUUUAUUGACAAUUUCUAAUACGUGCAGUUUUGUGUAAUGUUGGUUUGUGUGUUUUUUGACAGCAUUUACAUUUGUAUGUGUACAAAACAAUAAAUAUUUUUGAAAAUUGA